AUGCCUCCUCUAGUAGACCCCGUACCGAGCGGGGUGGUGUUCGAAACGGACACGCAAACCAACGACCUGGGUCUAGCCAAGGACGUCACCAACCUGAAGAAAGCCUCACCCAAGAAAUACGAGUACGUCUGGUUCAAUAUCUUCUGGUUCCUGUUCCUGCACAUAGGCUCCGUGUAUGGCGUGUACUUGGCACUGACCUCGGCGAAAUGGCAGACUAAUGUGUUUGCUUUUUUGGUCCACCUGAUGUGUGCUACGGGAAUCGGUGCUGGCUCCCACCGACUGUGGACGCACAGGAGUUUCAAGGCCAAGACUCCGCUGCGAACGCUGCUCAUGAUCUGGCAGACUAUGGGAUUCCAAGACACAAUAUUCGAAUGGGCGCGCGAUCAUCGCACCCACCACAAGUAUGCGGACACGGAUGCUGACCCUCACAACGCAGAAAGGGGGUUAUUCUUCUCCCACAUGGGCUGGUUGUGCUGCAAGAAAAACCCGGAGGUCAUCGAAGGGGGCAGACGGUUGGAUCUGAGCGAUCUAUACGAGGAUCCCGUUGUUAUGUUCCAAAAGAAGUAUUACCUAAUAAUGAUGCCGAUACUAUGCUUCGUGCUGCCGACCGUGAUUCCCGUGUACUGCUGGAAUGAGAGCUGGCUGAAUGCCUUCUUCAUACCGACGAUACUCCGCUACACGUGCGGUAUCAACGUUGUAUGGAGCGUCAACAGCUUCGCACACAAAUAUGGCUACAGACCGUAUGACAAGUCCCUGAACCCCCGGGAGAACAUCGGCGUGUGGCUGGUCUGCGUGGAGGGCUUCCACAACUACCACCACACCUUCCCCUGGGACUACCGCGCCACCGAGCACCCGCUGUGGAACAUGCUCACACCCACCAUCAUGUUCAUAGACGCUAUGGCUUGGAUCGGUCAAGCCUACGACCUGAAGACAGUAUCGCCGGAGAUUAUCAAGCAAAGAUCCCAGAGAACUGGUGAUGGUACCCACCAUCUCUGGGGCUGGGACGACCCAGAAUUCACCGAGAAGAUGAAGGCGCAGUUUGGGGUGGUACAUUCCGAGAAGAAAUCCAUUUGA